UGUCGUUUCGUGUCGCCUCGUCUGUCAAAAUUCCAUUUAAAUUUCAAACCAGAAAAACAGAUAAGCAUUAACUAUGAAGGCAGCAAAUAACACUAAAUCCGUUAAAAUGACAUCGCAAAAAUUGAAUAAUGUCGAAAGCGUUGAUAAAUCGGAGAAAGGAAAGAUAAAAAACGUAGUAAUAAUGGACGAUAAGGCUUCAUGUAAGGAACUAGAUCAAUGGAUAGAACAGUUAAAUGACUGUAAGCAAUUAACCGAAAACCAAGUGAAAACUCUGUGUGAUAAGGCGAAAGAAAUACUGUCCAAAGAAUCAAAUGUGCAGGAGGUAAAAUGUCCUGUCACCGUUUGCGGAGAUGUACACGGACAGUUUCACGAUCUGAUGGAAUUAUUUAGGAUAGGUGGUCGAAGUCCAGAUACGAAUUACCUUUUUAUGGGUGACUAUGUCGAUCGUGGGUAUUAUUCCGUCGAGACUGUUACUCUUUUGGUGGCUUUGAAAGUCAGGUAUAAAGAAAGAAUUACGAUCCUGAGAGGAAACCACGAAUCGAGACAAAUCACUCAAGUAUAUGGAUUCUACGACGAGUGCCUGCGAAAAUACGGGAACGCGAACGUUUGGAAAUUCUUCACCGAUUUGUUUGAUUACUUGCCGCUUACAGCGCUCGUCGAUAGCCAGAUAUUCUGUUUGCACGGAGGGCUCAGUCCCAGCAUUGAUACUUUGGACCAUAUUAGAGCCUUGGAUCGUUUACAAGAGGUACCUCACGAAGGUCCGAUGUGCGAUCUUCUCUGGUCGGAUCCCGACGAUCGCGGAGGUUGGGGCAUUUCUCCUCGCGGUGCGGGAUAUACCUUUGGACAAGAUAUAUCGGAAACGUUCAACCACAGCAACGGCUUGACAUUGGUCUCUCGGGCCCAUCAACUCGUCAUGGAGGGGUACAAUUGGUGCCAUGACAGAAACGUUGUAACGAUCUUCAGUGCUCCAAACUACUGCUAUAGAUGUGGUAAUCAAGCUGCCAUUAUGGAAUUAGAUGAUGCGCUUAAAUAUUCAUUCUUACAAUUUGAUCCAGCACCGAGACGUGGCGAGCCUCACGUUACCCGCAGAACUCCGGAUUAUUUCCUUUAAACAUUCUUAUUGAUACGACUUUUUUCAACUGCAAUUAUCAUACUUAAGAAAAACAAAAAAAGGAAGCUUAGUUAUAUUAUAAUUAUUGUAUUUGUAAAAGAAAUUAUUAUAUAGUUUAUUGCAAUUUAAGUGACGCCUCUCCCGAAUAUCCAAAAUUGAUAUCCGUAAUAAAAAUAAAAAUUGUAAAGUAUGCAUUGAUGGUGUCCUUUUUUUGAACAUUUUUUUCUUAACGUGUAAAUACUCAUAGGCUAUGACUGAAAUCUGAUCUAAUAGAAAAUUGUUAAUAACUGAUUAUUGUUAUUAGGAUAAUUAAUGGUAGAAAAAGGUUAACGAGAAACGUAUUAGAUUUUAAGUGUAACGUUUUCUUUGGCUAUUAACAUUCGGAGAGGAUUUUUGGUAAUUGACGAAUUUGUUGAUACAAACCGCUAUUGUGUUCAAUAAUGAUGAAUUUAGGAAAACAAAAAAAAAGGAAAAUGGUUGUGAAUGGAUAUAAUGUAUUCGCGGAUCCUCCGACUUAAAUGUAUUAUAUUUUAAAACACAUGUAUUUAUAACAAAGCAAGCUUUACUCUACCAGAAAACAUGGAGUAAUUUGGCAUGUGCUCGAAUCAGUGCUUUUCGUGUAGAUGUAUCAGUUUGUAGCUCCGUCUGUUAACCUUUUUUUACUUAAUUUCUGCUGUAACAAUAUUAACGUGUCCUCGAACGUGAGAAUUAAAAUUAAACGUAACUACCGCAUAGUUACAGACCUUUUUAGAAUUGCCAAACAGCCGCAUAAAUAUUGCAUUGUUUAAAGUAUCCAAGAAAAAAAUAAACUUAGUUGCUUCUGGUGUCUUAGAUUUAUCGACGUCCAUCGUUUAGAGCGUUAAUUUUAAUUUACGUAACAUCGAUAUCAAUAGAUUUUAAUAAUAUUAAUGUAAACUAAAAACAUUCAUAGUUGAAAAUCAGCCACCACCAUCAAGCAAACGUUGAAAAUGUCUAUGUUAAACACCCAAUUCAUCGGUAAUUGUCGAGUGUCCUACUGUUUAAAUUAUGUGAAGGUAGAAGGUAAAUAUGCUAAAAGUUAGGAAGUUUCUUAAUUUUUUUAACGAUUCGAAUUUUUCUUUAUCCUUGAUGUAACAUUUAUAACUUGUAAAUUUGUAUCAAUAAAAUGUUUAAUCACUGAA